AUUUCCUUGUACCAUUUUUCUCUCCUUCUCUCCUCUCUUUUUUAAUAUUAAAAAAAAAAACAAGUCAUUUUUUUUCUCUCUUUACAUACAAAUAAUAGAAGCAAUAAAGAAAAGAAAGAAAGAGUGAAGGAAAAGUAUAUAAUUAAAUUAUGGAUGAGGAUCAAGAAAUUUGUAGGGUCUGUAGAAGUGAAUCUACACCUGACCAUCCUUUGUAUCAUCCAUGUAAAUGUUCUGGAAGCAUUCGUUUUGUACAUGAAGACUGUCUUAUAGAAUGGUUAUCUCACAGUAAAAAAAAAUACUGUGAACUAUGCGAAUAUCCAUUUCAGUUUUCGCCCAUUUAUCGUGCCGAUAUGCCUGAAAAAGUACCAUUGUAUGUAUUAUGUUCACAGCUCAUUCAGCGCCUCAUGUAUUUGUUAAAGACCCUGUUUCGAAGUAUCAUCGUCAUUUUUGUCUGGCUUGUCAUCUUGCCCAAUUUUACACUUUGGACUUGGCGAUUUUAUUUUUGGAGUGGUGAACAUAUUGGUUUCAACACAAUCAAAUCAUCCAAUACAACGAUUACAUCAGAGGAUAAAGUGACAUCAAGUGUGCUAAAGAGUUUUUUAAGCGACUGCUUCGAAGGACAGAUUAUAACAGCAUUUGUAGUCAUUAUCUUUGUAGCAGCUUACUUAUUUAGAGAAUGGGUUAUGCAAAAUUUACCUGCAGACCGCAACAAUAAUAACUUUGAACCCGUUGUCGUUCAAGAACAACAACAACAACAAAAUCGUGAUGAACAGCAGUUAGUACAGGAACAGGUUGCAAUUGAUACUUUGCUGAACGUCGUGCAAGUCAUGAACCCACCCACGCCUGAGCGAAGACAUGAUCCAGAGAAUGAAUAUAUUCAACAUUUGGAGCAUCAGCUGGGUGGAAUAAGAAAUGAAAUUGAGAACGAGCUGAAUCAUAGACAUCACCGUCAUUCAACAGAAAGUGCUGUGCACUGGCUAAAUCAUCCAGAAGAGGAAGAAGAGGGUGACAAUGAUCGGCUGAAUGCUUUGUUCGCUGGAUCGUCCUCUCGACCUUCCUUUAUGCUUGACUCUGAUCAGCAUGGACCUCAAGAAGAAGGUACACCCGAAACAGAACAUGACGAAUUCCUACCACCAUUCUAUCAGCAUCGACCUGAAGUGCUGGCAGGAAGAGACCUUCAUCUUGAUGAAUUAGAUGUAAGAAGAGAGGAAGAGUUCCAUUAUCGCCGUCACUUUCAACAGAUGGACAAUGCUAUUUUUGAACGACCUCGAGCCCCUCGUAACCCGAUUGUACCCCCUCCACUUCCGCCGCCACCACCUGCUGAAGAUAACGAGGAACCAUUUGAAGUUGCGGACGAUAUCAAUGGUGUAUUAGAAGCAAUUGGCAUGCGAGGCAACCCUUGGAUGCUAGUACAAAACUCUGUACUCAUGUCACUGAUGAUCAGCCUGUGCCUCGGUCUAGCGGUUUGGAUCCCUUAUGUGGUCGGACGUCUGGUGAUUAUGAUUCGACCUAUCAGUUUUAUCGAAACACCUAUUUAUAUACUUCGAUUUAUUACAGAUCCACUUGUCGAUUUUGUGCUGGAUACAUGUCUUCCUUAUGCUUGGUCAGUCACUGAAGUCUAUUGGAAACAGUUUGUGCCAGAACCCAUUCAAGUCACUGUCAGCUCAGUUUAUGAUGAACUCUCUAAAGAACCCUCUGUUUUACAAGCGACAAAUGGGGCCUCCAGCCAAGGCUUGUUCGAUUUGACAUUCAUUCAGACCCAACUGGAGGAGACGGGUAGACGAGCCCUGGAACGAUGGCAUCAGUUUGCGCUUGGCCAAACCGUUUUGGACCGUAGCAUGUGUAUUUUGGUAGGUUACUUUGUGUUUAUUUGUCUUGGAUCAUGGUACUUGGCCCAUGGAAGACGCCGUGGCUCAUCCAGAACGGCCGUACAAGACGUCAUUCGACAGCAAGGCAUCUUUCUCAAAGUUUUAUUCUUUAUCGUGAUUGAGCUCGUUGUCUUUCCAACCGUCUGUGGUUUCUUGCUCGAUCUGGCUACACUUCCUCUCUUUGUGAACGCUUCGAUCGAGUCACGAUACAUGUUCCACUUGAAGAGCCCAUACUCUUCUUACUUUCUGCACUGGUUCCUUGGCACAGGUGUAUUGUUUUACUUUGCCAUCUUUAUCACUGUAUGUCGAGAAAUAAUCCGACCUGGUGUGAUGUGGUUUAUACGAGACCCCAACGACCCUCAAUUUCACCCAGUACAGGAGAUGGUAGAACGACCCUUACCGAAUCUCUUACACAAGAUCAGCCAGUCUGCGCUCAUUUAUUCCGUUAUGCUCGUCUUUGGGGUCGGUACUGUGACUUAUUCGCUUGCCUAUACCGGUGCGGUGUUCCCUCUGCGAUUGCCGUUCAAUAAGCCUCUAUCAACGCUUGCAGUUGAUCUGCUGAUCACUCAGUUUUUGGUACCGCCGCUCGUUCAGUUUAUGAAUCCCCGAGAGAAUUCAAAGCGGGCACUUGACCUCUGGUGGCACUUUGCCUCUCGUCAGCUACGUCUCACGUCAUUUAUGUUUAAUGUCCGUAUGCCAGACGAAGAAGGUCGACACGUUCGAAAGACGCUUAAGGCAUGGAUCUUGCGUGAAAAAGCUACGAUUCCGACAGACGAGUUUUCAGACGUUGGUAUUGAUGGUGACGACAGUGUUGUCUUCAAGAGAGAUGGUAUGCUUGUGCGUGUGCCCAAAUAUGACAGUGUACCUGUUGACCCCAAACGUCGAAUGCUGGUGCCCGUAGACCCUGUGACUUUAGAAGCAAUUGAUGAGGAAGAGAGAAGAAGAGGACAUCCUGCAGCGGCUGAUACAGGAGAUGAGUCACAAUCGACGAUUGUUGUUUAUGUUCCACCUCACUUUAAACUUCGAACAAUUAUUUUCCUAUUGUUUAUGUGGUUCUCUAUCUCGCUUUUUGUUUGCUCAGUCACAGUUGUACCAUUACUUGUUGGAAGAUUCUUGUUUAAAGUCUAUCUCGCGCCGCAAGCGGGUGUCGUCAACGACCUUUACUCAUUUGCCCUUGGCUUGUACUUAAUGAUGUGUAUUGGGUAUCUUACUCAUUGGCUGUACCAGUCCUACGUUGCUUACUCAACUAGAGGGAGCGCUCAAACCGAACAAUGUUUAGCAUAUAUAAAAGAAAAGGGAACCAAGGCAAGCCGAUACAUUUAUCUGAUUUCGACGCUUGCCGUGAUUAUUCCCCUCUUGCUUGGUGUUUCAGUUGAUUUAUUUGUAUUUAUGCCGAUCCGAAUCCAUCACUCAAGUGGACCCAUCGUCAUCAGCCUAUCACAGGAUUGGGCGUUUGGUAUAGUGUAUAUGAGUAUUAUCUAUCAUACAGUGCAUUUAUUACCGACGACGAAUGCAGUUCGACAAUAUAUGGAUCAGAUCUUUGGCAAUAACAUGAUUCAAGCAGACUUGAAUCUAAUCACAAGAAAGGUCAUUGCUCCCGUGAUAAUAACAACGUUACUCGCGAUUAUUACGCCUGGUGUAAUAUCUUUUUGCAUACUCUAUAUUAUGGGUACAUCAAGAGAUCCUUCAUACCAACUUUUGGUCACGAGAUACACUUAUCCCAGCAUAUUUUGUUUAAUGAUUACAACUUCACUUUGUCUUAUAUUCAAAAAGCUGUUUAGUAUUUGGAUACAAACAGUAAGGGAUGAUACAUACUUGAUCGGUAAAAAGUUACAUAAUUUAGAAGAAUAAGUUCUUCUUGUUGUUAUUAUUAUAGAUUUGUAUAUUUCUCUUUUUUUCUUGCUUUCUUUUUGAAAAUAAAGCAGCAUUGCAUAUGUAGUACACUUUGAUAUAAC